GAAAUCAGAGGGGAAAAAAUCACCAUUUUCCUCUAUUCCUCUUUCUUUCCAUAUUCCAAGAAUCCAUUUUUCACUCUCAUCCUCAUAAACACACACACACAAUGGGUUGCGGAGAAUCAAAGCAUGCUGUUGCAACACAAAACACCAUCACCAAGAGCAAGAGCAAGAGCAAGAGCAUCAGAAAACAAGAGGCUGAAAUCCCCAAAAAUGAUGCAAAUGUGACUGCAAAUGCUGUUAAGGAUUCAGAAAUUUUGAAGAAAAAUGAAAACCAAGGUGUUGAGGUUCCCAAGAAUAUAGAAUCCAAGGCUGUUAAGGCCAAAGAUGAUGAAGAAGAAGUAGUCAAGGUAGAGAAGAACAAGGAGAUUGAAGUGGCUGCUGCUGUUUCUAAGGUUGUGGAGGUGGAGGAGAAGAAGAAAGAAGAGAUCAUCAAGAAUGAGGAUUUGAAGGAAGAGAAAAAAGAGGAGCAAGAAAUCCCUGCAGCAAUUGAGGUUGUGCAAGAGAUCAAGAAUGUGGAAUUGAAGGAAGAGAAGAAAGAUGAGGUCAAGGCUGAUCAAGAAGAGGUAGUUUCUCAGCAAGUAGAAGAAUCUUCUUCUUCUUCUUCUUCUAGUGCUAAUGAGAAGAUCCUCCAAGGCGAAAACGUCGUCGUUGAGGGGGAAAGCAAUGUUGUAGUUGUAGUUGCAGUUGCAGCGGAAGAAGAGAAUGCAGGAAAAGAAGAGGGCCUCAAGGUGGAGGAGAGCAAAGAGUUGGCUCAAGAAAUAAAACCUUCUGCUGAAGAAGCGAAGAAGCCUGGUGAUCAAAGUGAGGGCGACGUUGUAGUAGCAGCUGCAGCAGCUGAUGUCAAGGGCAACUGAAGAAGAAAUUCAUAUGAGAUUGGCAUUCUUCAAUCCUUCUCUGUUUGUCAACAUCUCUAUACUUGUAUUUAUGUACUAUUUGAAUACUCAUAAUGGUGAAUUUGUCACACACCCUAUAUCAAAAUUUCAGACUAUUAUCACUUGGUGAGGAGAAAAUCUCAGUUGCUUUGAUGUAUUAAUGGAAAUUUCCUGUGUUGUCUUGAUGCUUUUAUGUGUGGAUGGGCAAUUAAACAUGGCAUCGAAUAAUAAUGUUACUGUUAACAA